AUGCUGAAAUCGCCUCCCACUUCCGAGCAUACCCUUUUUGUCGACGAUGACGACGAUGGCGACGACCAUCAUUCCGUCAAUGCCUCCCGACCCUUUCAUGGCCUGGUCCUCUGCUGUACCAGUAUCGAGGCUGAUCACCGUAGCGAAAUCGCCCGAAUCACGGCCGAUAUGGGCGGCAUCCACAAGUACGACCUCACCCCCGAUGUUACCCACCUUAUCGUUGGCGACUAUAACACGGCCAAGUACCGCCAUGUCGCCAAAGAGAGACCCGAUAUAAAACCCAUGGCUGCUGGCUGGGUUAAUGCCGUGCGGACACUAUGGGUUGAAGACCGAGAAAUCGAUUUUGCUGAUCUCGAGCACCGAUUCACCCUGAAGACCUUCGAGUCUGGCGGUGGCGUCCCCAGAAACCUCGACCUAUCCCAUUACGAGAGGCAGAGAUUAAUAUGCUGCCUAACUGGCUUUGAAGACAAUAAUGUGCGGGCUAUGAUUGAGGAUAAGGUGACACAGAACGGCGGCGAAUACGUUGCCGACCUUUCACGACGAGUCACCCACCUCAUAGUUUCGAAGCCCGAGGGUAAGAAGUACAGCGCCGCCCGUCGAUGGGAGAUCCGCUGUGUUUCGAUUGAAUGGCUACACGACAGCGUAGAACGAGGUAUGAUACUCGACGAAGCCUGCUACGAUCCAACCCUCUCUCCAGAAGAACGGGGUGUUGGUGCUUGGUCACGCCGAGACCUUCGACGAUCUCUCGGCAAGAGAGUGCGAGAUGAUUCCGAUGCUUCUCUCCAAGAUGGGAGGAGAAAAUUGAGAAAGAGCGCGAGUAUGAGGAUGAACAGUCAGAACAAUAAUCUCUGGGGGGAUAUCUUAAACCAGUCUGCUGGAGAUCUGUCACGGGACGACGAUCGCCAUCGGGAUUCGAGUACGCCCGCUGCUCCUUCGGUUAUCACUAACCCGACCACAUUAGCGACCGAAACCACACAAGCUAUAAUACAACCGGCGAUCCAGCCGAGUGACAGUACUUGGCCAGCUCUGAGGAAGGGUGUCUUUUCAGGUUGUCGAUUCUUUAUCCAUGGGUUUCCGGAGCCGAAAGAGCGUAUUCUCCUCGACUUUCUCACUUCACAUGGAGGCCAGAUCUCAUUGUCUCUAGAGGAUGUUGCGUCAUCAAAUCAUGCCGAAUCAUCAAGCCACCGUUACCUACUCGUGCCGCAGUUAUCUCAGCCUGGCAGCCAUCCAAAACUUCCGGAUGGCGUGCACAUCAUCACCGAGUUUUUUAUUGAACGAUGUAUCCACAACAAAACACUCUAUUCCCCGAGUGACCACGUUUGGGGCCAGCCAUUUCCACAAUUUCCCAUUGACGGAUUUCAGGAGCUCACAAUAUGCACGGCUGGCUUUAUCAAUGAACAAUUAAAUCAGAUUGAGAAAACCGUUACACAAUUAGGAGCCAACUAUUCCGAAAAGCUGAACAGACAGAUAUCCUUACUUGUCUGCCCGGACUUGGGUGCUUUGAGGGAACAGAAGCGUGAUCUUGCUAUCUUACACCGCAUACCAAUCAUCAGUGUCGAAUGGUUAUGGCAAUGCAUUACAUCGGGGUGCUUGGUGCCGUGGGACGAGUAUCAAUUUGAAGAACUACUUCGGAACAUGGACACUAUUCGUGCUAGGUUAGAGCGGAGAGAAGAGAAUAAGAAGAAAGGGAGAGAUAGUCUCAGCAGAUCCCGAUCAGAGCCGGUCAUUACGAAGCCAGCUGUUGCGAGACCUAACCCUAGAGUACAAGCGCCACCUUCAAGAGCUGGUAUAGAUACGACUGCUUUCGACAGUGGGAUGGCGGGUGUUGAUCACCGAACGCCCUCUCUUGCAAGACAGGAUACACACGAGUCACAUUAUGAAACAGCUCCUACACAUCCACAUAUAGGCGAUGCAUUCGCAACAGCCCCACUCUCGGAAACAAAGGCAAGUAAUCUCAACAAGUCUGCGUCGCCACCGAAACAGCCCAAGGACGAUAAAGCACAGCAACGCUUUCCUAACGAAGGCGAAGUGGGCGAUUCCGAGGCGGGGGAAGACUCGGACGCCACAAGCCGAGCAACAUCAAAACAACCACCGUCUGCCCCCGACGCGGAGGCGGAACGGCAGCGCAAAGUGCAACAGGCUAAAGACCUAGAGCGUAUAGAACUAUCAAAACGGCUCACCACUCUCAUGGGCAGCGAUGAUAAGGCGCCGGAGAAGAAAACCACACUCCUCCAAUCAGGCCUUCCGGGGGGCCCUCGCCGUCGGACACGUCAGAUCCUAGGCCGCGCCACAAGCAAUGUAUCCGUCGCAUCUAGCGCGAGCGCGGAUUCGGCUACUGUCUCAGUGCAAAGACAACACCAAGACUCGGCGCAGUCUGCUGGGUCAGGGGGAUCUGAAUUCGAUAAAUUCCUCGAAUCUACUACUGGCAUAGCGGAAGGCAGCGAAGAGUAUCUCCCGCCAUCGACGCAGCUUGAGUACGAUAAUCCUGAGGCCAGGAGGAAGAGGAAUUUGGUCAUGGAGAGGUUGGCUUCUAUGGGAGAUGAGAAAGGGAAGGCGGUGAAGAGUGAGAAGGAAGGUAGGGAUGGAAAUGAGAAGGGGUCAGGGAUAUCCUCGAUGAAGAAUAGUAGUAGAGUGAGGGAUAUUGAUCCUGUUAGACGAUCUACGAGACGGGGUGGGAGGUAGUAACGGCUACUGUUAUCCGAUUUAUAGGGCUGUGUCUAUUGUCCGUUGCUUGCCAUGUCUUGUCUUGUAUCGAUAGCGUUCUGCAUCGAGGGGACUGGCUGGCAAGAUAGAGUAGAGGGUUCCCGUUACUGGGACUUCUUGACUCGUAUGGAUAUGGGAGUUUUCUGUCACGGCUGUCUGUGUCUGUGUCUGUGUCUUUAUCUUU